GGACGAAAGUUGGUGAAAGUCACCUGCUGUUCCCGCGCGAAUGCAGAGGAACCGCAUCUACUUUUUUUCCUCUGUUGAAUUUUCCUGAGAAAAUUACAUAAUUUUCUUCCGUUAUUCAAUUCGUUUACCGUUUCCUUUUUCUCUUCUCUCCUUCCGAUCCAUAUAAACUUUUCACCAAUUUCUUUCUCUCAAAUUCAUUCGCAUAAUUUGUUUCUCGAUCGAUUUAUUUCACCGAUUCAUCAUCUUUUUCGAUUUCAUUUCUGAUUGAGUUCGUGAUCUGGUUUCACUCAUUUCUGCAUAUUGUUUGCAGAUUGAUUCGUUCUGGUACAUUGAUUUUCCUCUUUUUUUUCCAAUUUCCUUGGCUUAUACUUACUUCUAUUUGUAUGCAAUUGUGAGAAUUGAUGAUAAGUUUCAUCAAUGGUUUCUAGUUAACUGAAGAAAAUUGAUUUGCAUUUCAGAUUCUAUCAUGAACAUAUAAACUCUCUGUACAAAAAAUUUUGUUGAUUUCUGCAUUGUUAGUGAUUAGCUUUAUUGGCCUGUUUGUGAGAUUUUGUCCAUGGUGGUUAAGUCUUCAUAUGAGCUUCUACCAUGGAUGGUUAAGCAUUGUUCUUGUGUGUUUUGUACUCUUUAUGGUUAAGUUUGUUGCCUUAUUUGGUCUUUUUGGCUAGCUUGUGCCCUAUGGUGGUUAACUUUUAUCGCGUCUGUUAAGUGGUUAAGCCUUGAGUUAUGGUUUCUGGUUUCCUUUAUGACUUUGAUUUCGACUGAUAUAUUCCCGGUAUCUCUCAUAUUUUAGAAGUUUUCGAUUCCACGGUUACUAUAUAUGAUAUAUAAUUAUACAAAUUCAUGAACAAAUUAAUACAUGCACAAGAGAUAGUAGCUAUAGCAAGUGAGACAAGUAUACACAACACUUUCACUUUUUGUAGUUUUAAGAUUUUGUCCUCAUUUUGCAACAAAAAUGGAUUCUCGCCAAAUAACACAAGAACAACAACCAUGGCUUUUGGAGAAUGGUGACCCAAAGCGCUUGACCAAGGAAGCAAGACAUGGACAUGGACGGAGCCGAAAUGUGCAUAACCUUUCUACGUCUUCGUUGCGCAAGAGAUCUGGUUAUACUCUCCUGUCGAAGGAUCACCGUGCUUGCCUUCAGACUGUCUUGGUUAACAUCCAAGAGGUUAUUCUUGGUACCAAGCUGUCCAUUCUCUUCCCUGCCAUUCCUGCUGCUAUCCUUGCUCAUUACUUUGGCCUAGGAAGAGCAUGGAUUUUCAUUCUGAGCUUACUUGGCCUCACUCCACUUGCAGAACGUGUGAGCUUCCUUACAGAACAAAUUGCCUUCUUCACUGGUCCUACAGUUGGAGGACUUCUUAAUGCAACAUGUGGGAAUAUUACUGAGCUGAUAAUAGCAAUAUUUGCUCUUAGCAACAACCAAAUUGCUGUGGUCAAGUAUUCUCUUUUAGGCUCCAUCCUUUCAAACCUUCUUCUUGUUCUUGGAACCUCUCUUCUUUGUGGUGGCAUUGCAAACCUUGGAGUCGAGCAAAAAUAUGACAGAAGACAAGCAGAUGUGAAUUCACUGAUGCUUCUAUUGGCAUUAUUAUGCCAUUCGCUUCCAUUGCUAUUCACAUACAGUGCUGCAUCACCUGAACUCACAGUAGAACCCACACUCUACUUGUCAAGAACUGCCAGCAUCGUGAUGUUGGGUGCAUAUGUUGUUUAUUUGGUCUUUCAACUAUGGACUCAUAGGCAAUUUUUUGAAGCUGAAGAUGUAUGGCAAUUUUUGGAAGCUGAAGAUGAAGGUUUAGGUGAGAACAAUGAGGCAGAAGAAGAGGCUGUGAUUGGAUUUUGGAGUGCAUUUGCUUGGUUGGCUGGAAUGACUGUGUUCAUUGCUUUGUUGUCUGAAUAUGUGGUGGAUACAAUUGAGGAUGCAUCAGAUUCAUGGGGUUUGUCUGUCAGUUUCCUAAGCAUAAUCUUGCUACCAAUAGUUGGUAAUGCAGCUGAACAUGCUGGAGCAAUCAUUUUUGCUUUCAAGAACAAGCUGGACAUUUCUUUAGGUGUUGCAUUGGGCUCUGCUACUCAAAUUGCAAUGUUUGUGGUUCCACUCUGUGAAAUUGUUGCUUGGAUAAUGGGUGUGAAAAUGGACUUGAACUUCAACAUCCUUGAGACAGGUUCUCUUGCUUUGGCAAUUAUUGUCACGGCCUUCACUUUACAGGAUGGUACUUCCCACUACUUGAAAGGCCUUAUUCUCCUACUUUGCUACUUUGUUAUUGGUGCUUGUUUCUUUGUGCAAAGAACACCCAUUAACCACAAUGAUGUUCCUAACUUUACUCUUAAAUUAGUCACUGAUUCAGUUUUAAGCACCUAAUAGGCUUUGGCCUUUUUUGGUUCCUUCCAUAAAUGAAGGAUGGUAGCAUAUAUCCAAAUUCAAAUGCAGAUUCAAUACAUUAGUUAUUGGUUCAUUCCAAUCAUUGUCACAUCCAGAUAGGAGGGAAGAAAAAGUUUGCAGUUGCAGUGGCUUUGUAAUUUUAUUGCAAGCUUUGUGAAUUUUACUGGAUAUAUAUAUAUCAAAUAAAAUGGAAUUUGUUCUCAUA